ACUCCUUGAGAAGAACGAAGGAGGGGAGGGAGCUCCCCCUCUUUGCCACGUUGACAUGCACUGUGGAUGCCCUAAAUAGUUUGUCUUCUGGAUCAAAUUCCUUGGCGGCGCGAUGGCGGAGGAGGCUGCAACGAGUUCCAUGGCAGGAGAGUUAGCGGUGCCGGAAGGCGCGAAAAAGAUUCAGAUAUACUCCACGUCGUUGUCCUCUUCUUCAGCUAGACAAGUCACCCCUUUUUGGAAAGAGAAGUAUGAGAAAGAUGCUAAGAAAUACUGGGAUCUCUUCUACAAGCGCCACCAAGACAGAUUUUUCAAGGAUCGACACUACUUGGAUAAGGAAUGGGGCGAUCACUUUUUGGAUAGAGAGGUUGGAAAACUUGUUGUAUUGGAGGUUGGUUGUGGAGCUGGGAACACAAUUUUUCCCUUGGUUGCAACAUAUCCACAUAUAUUUGUUCAUGCCUGUGAUUUUUCACCACGUGCUAUUGAGUUGGUCAAGGCAUCUCACCGCAACACACAGAGCCGCGCGCCUCUCUAUAGCGACCCGUGGGGGUUUCCACAUGUCCACGGGGUUGCGCGUCUUCAAAGUUUCCACGGUGGUGCCUCGGGGUCGGGGCACUUCCGUAACCCGCUUUGGUCGUUGCGGGUAGAGAGCCACAAGGACUUCUCAGCCGAUCACAUCAAUGCAUUUGUUUGUGACCUCACAAUACAUAAUCUCAGUGAGAUAAUAGCACCUUCUUCAGUGGACAUUGUAACCAUGAUUUUUGUGCUUUCUGCAGUUUCUCCUGAAAAGAUGCCUUUGGUGUUAGACAAUCUCAGGAGGGUUCUUAAACCAAAUGGCCUUGUACUCUUCCGUGAUUAUGCAACUGGUGAUCUUGCACAGGAAAGGCUGAUUUCCAAGGAGCAGGAGAUCAGCGAGAACUUUUUUGUCAGAGGUGAUGGAACACGUGCUUAUUAUUUUACCAACAAGUUCCUGGUAAGCCUGUUCCGGCAGAGUGGGUUCAAUGUGGUCAAUGUUCAUAUCUGCAAUAAGCAAGUGAUGAACCGUUCACAGGAACUAGUAAUGAAUAGGAGAUGGAUUCAAGCUGUCUUCUCCAAUAAACCUACUGAACAAAACAAUGAACCCAUCAUUCAUAAUUAUUCUAACAAUUAUGGCGAUGCUGAGGUUGACAUAUCUGGCAGUGUCGCUGAUCUGUUUUGUUUGUCAUCAUCUGCUGAUGAGAAACAGGUUAUCAAGAUUGAAGUUAAAGGCUGCAGCUUCAGGAUAAAAGCACUGACGAAAGAAUACCAACAUACUUGCAAAUCUACGGGGCUUAUGUUGUGGGAAUCAGCUCGUCUAAUGUGCAACAUAAUUGCAGAAAACCCUUCAAUUAUUGUAGGAAAGAGGAUGCUGGAAUUGGGUUGCGGAUCUGCUGGUAUCUGCUCAAUGAUUGCUGCUCAGCAUGCAGAAGUGGUAGUUUCUACCGAUGGGGAUACAGAAGCUCUUAGUCUCCUAAGAGAGAACAUUUCCACAAACUUGCCGAAGAAUUUGCUUGAUAAAAUUGUUAUUAAUAGAUUGAUCUGGGGAAACAUGGAGGAUGUUCAAGCCAUCAAGGAUUUUGGUUGCUAUGACAGAGGUUUCGAUAUAAUAAUAGGAACUGAUGUAACUUACAGUUAUGGUGCUAUUUCACCUCUGUUCGAGACUGCAAGAGAGCUGAUAUGUAGCCAGGAAAAUGAUAAUCACAAACCAGCUCUUGUCCUAUGCCACAUUGAGAGAAGAAUCAAUGAAGACUCAAUAGUUUCUACUGCAUCAACCUUUGGUUUUAAGCUUGUUGAUAGGUGGGUGAAUGGCAUCCAUUCAAGUGAUGGUAUCAUAAGAUCUUGGUUCUCGGAAGGUGAUAAUUACAUGAGCUUUUUCAGAAACACGCCCUUGACUAUCUUGUAUUUUCAUUCCUGAGAGACAAUUUUGACUGCUUUAUGAAUCAUUCAUUAAAUGCAGGCUUUCUAAUUGUCAUGAUGGUAGUACAAGUUGAGACGAGACAACACGAAGCAAAGCCCGUUUGGUUUUAAUGAAAAAUGUUGACUGGAGAAGAUUCAAGCCCAUGAUUUUAUGAGGUAGAUCAGGUUCAUAUUGUUAUUUUGUCAUUGUUUAUUUCUUUAUUCUCAAUGUUACGUGAUGGAAAUGACUAAAUUUGAUUGGCAUAUUUUCCCCUGAAAAAUCUUCUAAUGAUUUGAAUUGGACUUGUAAAAUUAUUCAGGCCUAUAAAUAAAUUGGCCCAACAGAUAUUCCAACUA